AUGCUCGUGUCCGACGUGGAGAAAAUGUUCCGCCAAAUAAACAUUUGUCCCGAAGAUCGACCGCUCCAAUGCAUCCUUUGGCGAAACUCGCCAUCCGAGAAAGCUCAAACCUACGAGCUUAAUACCGUAACCUACGGAACUAAACCAGCCCCAUUUCUGGCCACCAGGACUCUACAUCAACUGGCAGUUGACGAACAAGAACGGUUUCCGCUAGCGGCGAGUGCUACAAUCCAUGACACCUACAGGGAUGAUGUCAUCACAGGGGCGGACAGCAUAGAAACUGCGCUAGAACUGAGGAUUCAGUUAGAUAAAAUGUUGUCACGGGGAGGUUUCCGGCUUAGAAAGUGGGCUUCGAACUCUCCAGACGUAUUAAAGGGCCUUCCUGAGGAUGGAUUGGUCAUUCGCGCUUUGGAAGGAAUUAAUCUUGAUCCAGACUCAUCGGUGAAAACAUUAGGCUUGACCUGGAUGCCUGUGCCAGAUACACUUAAAUUCAGUUUUGCUAUCCCUACUCUAAAGGAUAAAUUACAACUAACUAAUCGAUUUGUCCUGUCGGUCAUAGCUACACUCUUCGACGCACUGGGACUAAUAGGCGCUACUAUCACGUCAGCAAAAAUUUUCAUGCAAAGGUUAUGGACGUUACGCGACGACGGCGGUAGCCCUCUGAGCUGGGAUCAAUCACUGCCUCCAACGGUGGGUGAGGCUUGGGUGAAAUUUCAGGAACAAAUUCCCCAACUCAAUGAGUUGCGUAUUAGGCGGUGUGUUAUUAUCCCACAGCCUGUCGCCGUGGAGAUUCAUUGUUUUUCUGAUGCCUCGGAGAAGGCAUACGGUGCAUGUCUAUAUUUGAAAAGUAUGAACGCUGAGGGAGAGGUCAGAGUGCAUCUAUUAUCUUCCAAAUCAAGAAUAGCUCCACUAAAAUGUCAAACGAUUCCGCGGCUAGAACUUUGCGGUGCAGAACUAGCAGCGAAACUGUUCGAAAGGGUAAAUGGCGCGAUACGCCUAGCGGCACGGACUUAUUUUUGGACGGACUCUACCUGCGUGUUACGAUGGAUUUCGGCUACACCCACAACCUGGUCCACAUAUGUGGCCAAUCGAACAGCAAAAAUUCAAACUAUCACCGAGUGUGGCCAAUGGCGGCAUGUCCCUGGUGCGCAGAACCCUGCUGACUUGAUUUCCCGAGGGAUUUUGCCAGUAGAAAUACUACAAAACACGUUCUGGUGGGAGGGUCCCGAUUGGCUGAAACUAAAGAUGUCUUCCUGGCCAAAUGUUCCAGUAAACUUAUGCGCAGAAGAAGGGGAUGAGGGGAGACGUCGUUCUGUAAUUGCCGCUGUUGUUUCUACUAACAAUGAAUUCAAUGAAACAUGGCUUGCCAAAUUCUCGUCUUACACCUCGCUUAUCCGUGUUACAGCAUAUUGCUCGCGAUUCAUAAAGUUGCUGCGGACACAUCGCAAAGAGAAGGUUCAAUCAGAAUUUUUAAAUAGCACGGAAUUGAAGGAAGCAGAAACGGUAUGGGUGCGUCAAAUACACAAGGAGUGUUUUGCGGAUGAAUGGUCUAAGUUAUCAAAGGGAGCUAGUGUGCCAAAAAACUCUCCAUUGAGAUGGUUCAACCCGUUUAUCAGCAAGGAUCAGGUGAUACGAUUGGGCGGAAGGUUGAAAAAUUCGUUAGAGCCAGAUGAAGUAAAACACCCGGUUGCAUUGCCGGCACGACACCGUUUCACCCGCAUGCUGUUGGAAUACUACCACGUUCGACUUCUUCACGCUCAAGGCUUCGGUUUUGGCCAUUGGAUGGCAGAAGUCUAG